AGCAGCUUUUAAAAAUAAUUAUUGACGUUUGUUUGCUACAUAUAGUCUACCCUUGUUGUGGCAAUACUAACAACAAGUAGUGUCGUUUGUCGUUUGUGGAUCUCAGAAACAUGUCAACUGAGGUAGACAACCUCCUUACAACGCCCCCGACAACGGUCUCUUAUUCUCAUCGUCUCAAAAGCCAUGAAGAAGGAGAAUCAGCAGUGGAAAGACUGGCGGCAAAAAUCGAGCAUCGGCGUGGCAAUCGUCUUGGGAUGACCUAUGAUGCCCGCCUCCAACUCGAGACGAUGUGCCACGAGAUUGCUCUUCGGAACAACUGCGACAAUCCCAAAGACGUGAGGAAAGAAGAUCUACUGUUAUUGCGAAAGCUGUUUGAUUCUCAAGUCAUUGGACAACAACAACGCAAUCCACUGCUCCGAUGGAGGGAAACUUGGCUGGGAAUCAAGACAACCGAGAAAUACCUGUUGGAAGCCGUGGAUCGGGCAUUGCAUCACGUGGAAGAAACACAAGAUUGUCUUCACUUCACAGAAUGGAUUGCCCUGUAUUCGAAAGAAGUACACAAAUGGCCUUGGAUGAGAAAUGAGUCGGCCAAUGCUUUCCUCGUGGUUGUGGCUUUCUUCAUUUUGACGCCCAUUCUGUUUUGUCAAGUCAUGCGAGAUAGAAACAUCUGUGGAGAUCCAUCCAGUGGAAUCAGUUGGUUGAAUGGCUGCUAUAUGGCAUCCGUGACUUUGAGUACAGUCGGUUACGGCGAUGUGACUGUGGGGAAGGACAACGUGUAUAUUGGAACUGCCUACAUGAUUGUGUCAGUUUGCGUAUCAAUCACAGCCUUUAGUGCGGCGGCAGGGGAUGCAUUUUCACCUUUACGACACUUUUACAAAACAUAUCUUAGAUUUGACGAAGAAGACGUUGCCGAGGGUGCACCUUUGUCCAAGAAAUUGUGGAGGAUCCGUCUCUUCAGGUGUGGUGAGAUAUUCGCCCACUUUGUCUUGCUGAACAUGGUUGGUGUCAUUGCAUCUCGGUUCUUCCAUGGUAACUGGAGCAGUAUUGAGGAGGGAUCCCAGUGGACGUGGGGAGAGAGUAUCUACUGGUCUAUACAAUCAACGACUACCAUUGGCUAUGGGGACAUCAUCAUGAGCCCCAAUAUGAAGCUUUUUCAAAUCUUCUAUUUGUGUUUGGGCACUUGGUUUGUGGGAGAUACUCUGGGGAAACUGCAAACUCUGAAAACUGACAUGGAGAGCCUUUGUCGACAAUUUGCCUGGGAAAAGCGAGAAGUGAGCAAAGAAAUGAUCCAAUCAGAUCAAGGGAGAACAGAAGAUCCCAAGUUGGAUCAGUAUGAGUUUGUGGUGGCAUCUCUCUUGAAUCUGGGAAAGAUUGACUUGAAGCAUGAUAUCAAGCCCAUCAUGGAGAAGUAUCGAAGCUUGGCGAAAUCUUCUGGAACUCAAGGAUACAUUGACCUUGAUUCCAAUCGCUGGAUUAGCACGGGCAUCAAAGUGCAAGCUGACAAGGUUAUUGGACCCAGCUAGGUGCUAAUCAGUAUCAGGAGCUCCCAUGUUGUCACGUCCAUCAAUGGCUCCUGGGUUCCAGGUUGUGCCAACACUAAAUUGACACCUAUAGAAGCUUCCCCAAAAAGACUGCCCACAACAUACGAGAGAUGACCCGUAUUGCCAGCAGCUGUCACUGACACCUACACAAACCCAAACUCAUUGACAACUGUCUGAAGCGCUGAUGAGACGAAGUUGUAGAACGGAGAAAACCAAAUGAUCCCCAGACUGAAGUUGAUAGUAUCAGCUUUGUCAUCCAAGCAAUCGUUGCCACUUUUGCCCCACUGUCAGAAUAGCACCAGAGACAGCCAUGCCAUAGACAGAAGAGAACAAAUGGGCUACUCAUCAAGUACCAACCAAGUGAUGAACUCUCCAACAAAUCUGUAAACAUCUACCACCUUGUUGGCCGGGAUCAAUUCAUCUCUCAAACCGGUUGGCUUGGGAAUAGGGACCAAAGCCAUAGAUUCAUUAUACGGCUGUACCUGUAGGCAUCUUUGCUCCAGUCUCCUCCAAAAGAAAAGGAACCCAAGGAUACAUUGAUGUGAUCCCAACUGUUGGUCAAGCAUUGGCUUCUGCAACCUGCAAGUCAACAAGGAUGUUUAGGCAAUAGUGGCCGUAGGAGUGGUAUUUGCAGAUUGUUGUUUCCUGAUUACUGGAAAGCAUCCUGAUCAACUCCAGGCAGCUUGUUGUCGUUGCAACUUGUUGUCUCUUGCGCCUUUUGCAGCAACAGUCCUUGGAGGAGGAGUUGCUUCUCUCUUAGUACAUAUUGAGCCAGCUUCAUUCGCUCCACUAGAAUAUGCCAGUCCAGAGCUCGAAGACGGUAUCUGGCUUCCAGAGUUGUAUCAUUCAAACACAAGAACACUGCCCAGCUGGUGGCAGUUAACUGCAGCAAGUCGCUUGAUUCCAUGUAACUGGUGGUGUUUUCAUUUUGGGGCAUCGAUUUGGCAAUGGUUUGAGCCACACGUGCCUUGGUUAUCUCAUAGUUUUCCAUUAGAGUGGCAGUAUUGUUGCCUUCUUUGAUCUGUUGCUCCAAUUUGGAUAUCCUUUGCAUCAGAAGGUCAAUAUUUUGCUCCAAUCGUUUAGCCUUGUCAAGCUCUGAUUGAUUGUCAAUUCCUUCCUGCAGCCACUCGGCCGUAAACUGAUAGUGGCUGCCAUCAUCAUCGUCAUCAUCACCCAUAAUGUCAUAUUGAUGUUUCAUUUCCAACAGGCGCACUCUUCCAACACAGUUCAAUUCGAGGAUCACCUGGUUUUCUUGCGUGCCAACAUGAAGUCCUACGGUAUCGCAAAGACUAGCAAUCUGAGCCAGAUUCAACUCUUGCUGUUCAGUGAUGGUGUCAUCGUCUACGACCAGUCGCACUGCCAGCACAACUCGGGUGUGCCGUUCUUGUUCCAAACAGUCUUGUAACAGCGGAAUGGCCUCUUCGUCUGACAGGGAUAGAGACAUUUGUUCCCCUGGUAGAAUAACAUUGUCAGUGACAAUCACAUGAACCAAGAAGGAAGUAUCAUCGUUUCUGUCUUGGAAGGAUUUUCUGGAGGAGAAUAGACGAGGUAAAUGCGUUGGUCCAUGGGUGAUGUGGGUUGAACGCACGUUUUGUAAGAACGCCGCCAAGGUUUGGACCUUGAGCGUCACCAAGAAGCUCAGCAAAACACAAAAAUGAACAGCUCUCAUGAUGACCACUACAUAUACCACCAGCAAGCAACGGUACUACCAAGCAGUCGUUGGAAAGGUA